AUGAAGUCCAGAUUUUGCCAGACAUCCGCACCUAAAAUCGCAGGAUCCGUACCUCGAAGACACACAGGGGCGGAUUUUGCCAGCACUCCGCAUAUAACGCGCGAUUGUUCACGUUCAGAAAAUUCGCACUUUUGGGGUCCACCGUGGUCAUGGGACACGCAUAUACCCCACCUUAGCAGCGGACGAAAAACACGUUCGGAAAACACCACAUCCCCCAUCCACCGUAUCGCAGCACUCGGCCACCCCCUAGCAGAGUUUGCCACCCCAUACCUGGCUCACCCAGCAAACCCUCCCAACCCGUCCCCCGAACAACUGAUCAUAAGAAGCGACUCAGGCGGCCAAAAACGAGACGACUACCGCAACGAAGUCCCAUCCAAAAUCAGCGUCCUUGAAGAGUGUCACGCCAGCGUUCAUGGCUAUUCAGAUGGGCACGCGGUGGUGUCCAGUGGCAUUCGGAAAAUCGGCGUCGGCUACGUUAUACGUGCCGGAAAAAGGACCUUGUCAUCUGAGUCGUUUGGGAUUGGGCCCAGAGCCAACAUAUAUAAUGCAGAAAUGCUUGGGAUUUUACUUGCGUUCUUGAGAGCUAAGAAAAUUGCCGAAAGUCAAGGUAAUUGCAACAUCCACAUCUUCUGCGACAACCAAUCCGCCAUCAAAGUCAUAGCCGAUCUAUCUCGUCACCCGUGCCAGUUUGCGUCCAGAUCAUUUAUCGCAAACGUACAAACGUUCCUCAGUGGUCAUCCGAACCGCAAAGUUUACGUCACUUGGGUACCCAGACAUAACGGAAUCAGCGGCAACAAAGUGGCGGACCGACUAGCUAACCAGGGAGCCAACGUACCACCCACUCCCAUAUUCAAUCGCGCCACAACGUGGAUCGGGGAACAUUCCACACUAACGGCAGUACGAUCGUGGCGAAAAUCAAGGCAAGAUCACACCAACGCUCGCAUCAACUCGAACUAUUAUAUCCCCCAUCUGCCCGCACUUAAACUACACCUGAUAUUCAACGACAGCAGGCUCGGCAGGGACAUCGAGUGCCGACUAGCCCGGUUCCUCACAGGACACGGACAUUACGGCGAGUACCACGCGCAAUUUCACCACGACGUGGACCCAAGAUGUGCGUGCAGAGAGUGGGAAGAGACAAUCACACACUUGACAACAUCCUGUCCCGCUACGGCGGGACAAAGAGAGCUUCUUAGUGAGUUUUCCAUUGGAGUAUCUAGGCCUUUACUGUUUGGCUCCCACCCAGGUCUGGAAGCGGUCGCAAAGUUCAUCGCCAAGACGGGUAUUGGCAGAAGACAAGGAGGCCCGCCGGCAACCGCCCAGAAUUUUUAG